AUGAUCGACCAUGCGUUCCUGAAAUCUCUGAAGCAGCAGAGGUUGGCGAAGACGUCGGAGCUGCAGGCGCAGCUGAGCCUCGUGCAGGAGAACCUGAGGAACGUGAGGGAGCGCCUGGCCGCCGUCGAGAACGACAAGGCCCAGAUCCUCGAGGACCUGGCGCUGGCCAGGCGGCUCGCCGACGACGCCCUCGGGGAGCUGGAGGAGUCGCUGGCCGCGCGGCGGAGGGCCGAGGAGGCGCUGGAGCUGGAGCGGUUCAAGUCCACGGAGCGCGAGCAGACGGCCGUCGACCUCGCCCACCGGACGGAGGACGAGUGGCGGCGGAAGUACGACAGCAUCAAGCGGCGCCACGCCGAGGACGUCGCCUCCCUCAUCGCCGCCUCCAGGGAGCUCGACGGCGUCAGGGACGAGCUGGAGGCCACGGCGCGGGCCAAGAACGCGGCCCUGGAUCAGGCGGAUGAGCUGCAGAGGAUCGCCAACGACAACGCCAAGAAGGUGGAGGCCCUGACGGCGGAGGUGGCCCGCCUCAGGUCCCGCCUCGACGCCGAGCUGGAGGCCAUGGAGAAAGAAGCCGCGGAGGCCAUCGGGAAGCUUGAAUCCGAAGCCUCCGCGUUGAGAGCGGAGCUCCGGACGGCGAGGGCGUUCGAGGAGAAGCUCGCCGGAGCGGAAGCGCUGCUGGAGGGGCUCAAGGUUGACCUCGCGUACGCCAAGGGCGCCGAGGCGGACGCCAGCCGGUCGGCGCAGGAGUGGAGGAGCAAGGCGGAGGCGUUGGAGACCCGCCUGGGAGAAGUCUCGCGGCUCAACAGACGCAACGAGGAGUCGCUGGCGUCACUGACCAACACCUUCGAGGACUGCACGUCCAUGCUCCAGGAUAAGCAGUCGCAGGUCCUCCAGCUUCAGGGGAAGGUGGCGUCCUUGGAGAAGGAAGCGAACGAGCACGAGGAGGGGUUCCUCGAGGCCAGCAGGCGUCUCGACGUCGCGACGAAGGAGGCGUCUGAAUUGCAGGCGGCCAUUGAUAGGCUGAGGUCUGAACACGAGCUUCUACGUGAGGCACAUCGAGAGGUUAUUGGCACGGAGAAGAUGGCGAGUGCUCAGGUUGGCCAACUCACUGAAGACAAGAACAGGCUGCUCAAGGAGCUCGACGAUUCCAGAGAUGAGAGGGAUAAGGUGAAGAAGGCUGUGGAGGACUUGGCAGCUGCACUACGCGAAGUCUCAUCAGAGGCAAGAGAGGCCAAGGAGAGAGUCCUCGCAAAACAAGCAGAGCUAGACAAUGCCCAGCUUCAGGCAUCAGAACUGAAGGCGGCGAUGAAGAAUGCAGAGGACAGGUACCAGCUGAUGCUUGAUGAAUCGAACUACGAGACUGCCUGCCUCAGGAAAGCAGUUGAGAAAAUGGGUUCGGAGGCCAAGAGUUCGAAGGAUGAAUGGAUCUCGAAAGAGGCAGGGUUUGUGGAUAUGCUCAAGAGAUCGGAUGAUGGGAUAAGCUCUAUACAGACAGAGAUGAGCAGGCUGACGGAGGCUCUGAGAGUUUCAGAGAAGGAAGUGCAGGAGCUCAAGGCAGAUAGAACCCAGCUACUCAGUAAGCUGCAAGAAUCUGAAGUUCAGGCAAUGAACACUAGCUCAAGUGCUGAAGAAGCAAAGGCAGAGAGCUCACACCUCAAAGACCUGCUGUCCUUCAAGGACAAAGAGCUGCUUGCUCUGAACCAUGAAGUCACCGAGCUGCGCCUAAGAGAGCGAACCGCGUCGGAGAAGGCUAGCGAGCUCUCGAAGUUGCUUGCAGAGGUGGCAGCGAGAAAAGCUGAAGACGAAAGCACCGAGAAGUCCAAGGCCCAGAUCACCAAGCUGGAAAUGGACAAGGUGCUCGAAUCACUGAAAGCCGUGGAGUGCGAAGCCAAGGCUGCGAAGGAUGAGAAGAUGCAGCUGCAGAACAAGCUGAGGCUGCUCGAGUCCAAGAUCACCGAGGCCAACCUGACCUCGGAGGAGGCAAAGAUCAGCAGCCUGCGGUUGAAGGAGACGCUGGAAGACAAGGAGCACGAGCUGGCGAGCAUCGCGCGGGAGAACAGCGAGAUGCGGGCACGAGAAGCGGCUGCCCAGGCGAGGAUCGACGAGCUCGCCGCGCUGCUCGCCGAGGCCACGGCCAGGAAAGGAGGGGAGGCAUCGAACGGGGCGGUCGCCAGGAGCCCAGAGAAGCAGCCGAGCGCGCUCCUGAAGCUGAUCUGCUCGCCCAUGCAUCAUAGUGUCAGAGACGACGACGACAACAAUGGCGAGAGCAUCAUCCAAGUGGAGGACAUCAAGCAUGUGGAAGUGGAGACGGUCAGGCAGGUGAAGCGUGACAAGGAGAGUAUCAUAUCAGCAGUGGACGCCAACUCCUUGGAGAACAGCAAGAUCAUAGAGGAUGACCUGUCCAAAGAGAGGGACGAUGAUUCCGAGUCAGUUGACGACGACGAUGAAGACAUUGAGUCGCCAGGGGAUGACGGGCUCGUGGAUCAGAUGAAUGGGCUGCUGAUCCAUGGUCCGACAUCGUCGUUCAACCAGGAUCAGCACGUCCACAAGAAGAAGAAGGCUCUUCUGAAGAAAUUUGGGAGCCUACUGAAGAAGAAAGCUCACUUCACCAAGCUGAGCAGCCACUCUUGAGAUGGCUUCAGCAAAGUCCUUUAUUUUUCGUAAUCAGUAUGUAUGUGAUUCAGGUUA